AUGGAUAAGAAUUUUAUUCAACAAUUGAAUCGAAAAUUUCGUUCUACACUUGUAUCCAUUAUGGGUCAUAAUCAUUUUCGAGUGAUUCAUAUAAGACCAAUACUGGAUGGUUGUCUACAAUAUCAAGAUCAAACAUUCAAACCGACAACCAUCGAUGAUUUUAAUCGAAUGCAAAAACCAUAUACUAAAUGUAAUCUUAAUCAAACAAUGUUGACUAUGGUCGUUAGUCUAUUGUGUCGUAUAGAUAAAACGUAUAUACGUGAUAACAAUGGUAGUGAAAUUGAAUUGUUUAACUUGAAUCCAAUCUAUUCGGUUGAUUAUCAUCUAUUGGAAUUAUUGCAAAGAAAAUGGAAUUUUCGUUAUCGUCUAUUAUAUGCUGAACAAAAUUGGGGAACAUGUCAUGGUAAUAAUACAUGGAAAGGUUCAAUUGCUUAUCUACUUAAUGGUGAUGCUGACAUCGGUAUUUGUGCUAUAUCACGUACAUAUUUACGAAAUAAUGUCGUUGAUUUCAAUCAAUUUUCCAUGAUGGAUGGUAUAGGAUUUAUUCUAAAAUAUCCGAAAAAAACAUCAAAACAAUGGCUUUUAAUGAAACCAUUUUCAUGGCAAAUAUGGUUGAUGAUUAUUGCUUCAUUCAUAUUGGUUUAUUUAUUUCUACAUUAUACUGCCCAUAAAAUUGGUGAACUAUUGACCACACCGAUUAUUAUACGUUUAUAUGCUAUUUAUCUUGCUCGAACCAUGAAAGUACACCAUUUGGAACCAAUUUGGAUUCGUAUUACAUAUCUUAGCUGUAUGCUAUCGAUGAUUGUAAUGACAACAUUAUAUUCAGCACAAUUAUAUUCAUAUUUACAAUUAAGUAAUCAGGAAAAACAAAUUGAUACAAUCGAUCAAUUUAUUAUUGCUAUACGUACAAAUACUUAUAGUCCACUUUUUGUUAAAAAUGGUAACUUACGAAACAUGAUUCUUCAAUUGGAUAUGAAAACCGGACCAUUUUAUUGGAUAAGCCAUUAUCUAAAACGGAAUAAUGCCAUUAAUAUUGGUAAUUAUAUGGAAGGUAUUGAUUAUAUUCAAAAAAAUCCUCGAUACAUUCUCAUUGGUAAUAGCCGAAUAUUGGAAUUAUUACGAAAAUCAUUUGCACAAGAACGUUUAUUACUUGGUUCUGAACUAUUGGGCAUCGAUAUAUUAGCAUAUGCAUUUCAAAAAAAUUCACCACUUUUAAAGCCAUUUAGUGAACAAAUAAUGACAAUACAAGAAAUGGGAUUAAUUAAUCGAUGGCUAUGGAAAGUUAGUCAAGCCAUUAAUAUUGCCAAUCCUAGUGCCUAUUAUGAAUCGAUUAGAACAAAUAAUCGUUUUAGAACUAAUGACGAAUGGGAAAUGAUGCAACUAAUCGAUUUCGAAGCCUUAUUCAAUAGUUGGAUUUUUUUCAUUGUAUUUUCUACAUUUGUUUUCAUCAUUGAAAUAACUGGCCAAUCAUUUUAUUGUCAUUUAUAUCGAAUGACAAUCGAAAAAAUAAUGAAUUAUAUUAUCGCUAAAUUAUAG